CAAUGAAUCGCUGACUCGAGAACCGCUCAGACUGAUUCACUCCGACUCGUGAACGAAUCAUUCAGGUCGUUUCGUUAACCCGUUUUAUUCAACCGAAGAUCCGACUCAAAAGAACGAUUCGUUCAGUAAUCGGACAUCGCUUGAGCGGAAAAGAGAGUCCAUUGAGAGCUGUCAACGUCCUCUUCCAUAUCCAUAUUCCAGCGUCCUCUUCCAUAUCCACUUUCUAUUCGCCCUCAUGUGGAUGUGAACGCAAAAAGUGUCUGGCAGCAAAGAGAUGUGUGAUGAAAACCAGUCCUAAAGCAGGACAAGACCAAUCAGCUACUAUGAGCAGUGAGCUCAAUGUGCCAAUGGGCUCCCCCGCUCCCGGGUGCUCAGACCGGCUGCAGGAUGGUGGUGGGAUGGACUACAGGGACUGGGUUCGCCGCAGCUAUCUGGAGCUGGUCACCUCCAAUCACCACUCAGUCCAGGCUCUCUCAUGGAGAAAACUCUACCUCAGCAGGGCGAAGCUCAAGGCCUCCAGCCGAACCUCAGCCCUGCUGUCUGGCUUUGCCAUGGUGGCCAUGGUGGAGGUGCAGCUGGAGAUGCAGUACAGCUACCCACCUCCCCUGCUCAUUGCCUUCAGCGUAUGUACCACAGUGCUGGUGGCCGUCCACCUGUUCGCCCUCCUCAUCAGCACCUGCAUCCUGCCCAAUGUGGAAGCCGUUAGCAACAUCCACAAUCUCAACUCCGUCUCCGAGUCUCCCCACGAGAGGAUGCACCACUAUAUUGAGCUGGCCUGGGGCUUUUCCACUGCUCUAGGGAUCCUUUUGUUCCUGGCAGAGGUGGUGCUCCUCUGCUGGAUAAAGUUCUUGCCGGUUGACUCUUUGGAACUUAAGCAGAACCGUAUCCCCACCACGGCUCAGCCCGGCAACAGCGGCUGGCAUGCGGCCUUGGCCUCCACCAUCAUCAUGGUGCCAGUUGGAUUGAUCUUUGUGGUGUUCACAAUUCACUUCUACCGUUCGCUAGUGCGACACAAAACAGAGCGGCACCAUCAGGAGAUCGAGGAACUGCACAAAAUCAAGGUUCAGCUGGACGGCCAUGAGCGAGGCCUGCAAUCGGUGUGAAAUCCACGGAUGCUUUUGGUUUGGCGCAAUGUUCCAUUGCUAGACUCUUUAAGCUUUCAAGCACAUCAAAACUCCUCCUUGAGUUUUUCUGGCUUUUUUUCUAUUUUCUUCUUAGAGGAAAUGCCUUUUUGCCUGGUGAAAGGAUUACUCAAGUAGAAGAUUUGCAGCAAAAAAGGCGCACGUUUACAAGAUUUCAACCGCAAGGGCUAUUUAUUUGCAUUUCUUUAGGCUUUAGGUCAGUUGUGUCUUUAAGUGCCAUUUUCUGUUUCUAUGCCUCUAAAUACACAAAAUGAAUGUCACAGAGUGGCUUUCUUUAAAGGGUUAGUUCACCCAAAAACAACAUUUCUGUCAUUAAUUACUCACCCUCGUGUCAUUCCAAAUCUGUAAGACCUUCGUUCAUCUUCUGAACACAAAUUAAGAUAUUUUUGAAAAAAUCUGAGAGGUUUCUGAUCCCCAAGAGAAACCAACGUAAUUACCACCUUCAAGGUCCUGAAAAGUAGUAAAGACAUUGUUAAAAUAGUCCACGCGACUACAGUGAUUCAACCUUAAUGUUAUGAAGCAAAGAAUACUUUUUGUGUGCAAAAACAAAACAAAAAUAACGACUUUAUUCAACAAUAUCUUCUCUUCUGUCAUUCUCUUAACACUGUUUACGUCCAGCUCUUCCAGGUUCUACAUCAGAACGCUGACUCGGUAUUGGCCAGGUCCUGCGUCAGCAUCACACGAAUGUGUCGUGCUGCUCACGUGAUUAGCGUUGACCAAUACUGAGCUGGCAUUCUGACAUAGAACCAGGAAGUGCUGCACUGUGUCUACAACGUAAACAGCAUAGGAGACUGACAGGGAAGAGAAGAAAUUGUUGAAUAAAGUCAUUAAUUUUGUUUCGUUUUUGCGCACAAAAAGUAUUCUCUUCGCUUCAUAACAUUAAGGUUGAAUCACUGUAGUCACGUUGACUAUUUUAACGAUGUCUUUACUACGUUUCUGGACCUUGAAGAUGGUAAUUACGUUGAUUUCUCUUGAGGAUCAGCAACUUUUCGGAUUUCAUAAAAAUAUCUUAAUUUGUGUUCAGAAGGUGAACGAAGGGUUUGGAAUGACAUGAGGGUGAGUAAUUAAUGACAUAAUUUACAUCUUUCAGUGAACUAACCCUUUAACAUAAUUUGCCUAUUUCUCUUCCUUUUGCCGUGCCAUCCUGGAUUGAUAGCGUGCCACAGAUAAUGAGACCAAAUGAGUUGGUCUUGGAUCCAUUAUGGAUCAGAGCUACCAGAGUCACUGCCAGAGUAUCUUUGACUAAAAUAUCCAGCGUUUCCAAUGUACAUGCUUGUUUGAGCUUCAGUUUAAAGUGAUUGUCCAGCCAGAAAUGAACAUUCAGACAUCAUUUACUCAUGUCAUUCCAAAUCUGUUUGACUUUCCUUAUUUCUUUAGAACACAAAAGACAAUAUUUUGAAGAGUGUUUUAAUGUUUUUGUCUGUACAUUGAAAGUCAACAUUGGACAACAUUGGAUCCCACUCACUUUCACUGUAUGGACAAAAUAACAAUAAGACACUGUUUAGCAACAGAAAGUCAGUCAUACAGGUUUGGAAUGAAUAAAUGAUGACUCACUGUUCAUGCCUUUAAGAAAAGUGAUGCACCACAUAGUUUGCCUGUGUUUAAUAGUGGAUGUGUAAUACUGUAAUUUUUCAGCCUGCAGAAUUGUCAUGCCAAAAAAAAAAGAUUCAUUUUAAAGCUGUUACGUAAGUAUCGCUCAUACUAGACCUAUAUGUAGUGCAGUAUUUUUAGCUUGGGUGUGAAAUCUAGAUGCUUUAGCCAUGCACAGUGCGUGCUUAUAUUUCAUUGAAGCUUUUGCAUGUGUAAUGUAAUGCACUGUGACUUGUCAAGCACAAAGGUGGAGUUUUUAUCCAUAUUUCACAUAAGGCCAAUUGAAUGUUAUUCCUUUGGGCUACUAGAAGUUUACACUGUCGAUGACAAUAAUCGCACUCAAAGAUGAUUUGCUCCAAGAAAUUACUUUUAAUGGGGACAGUUAGUUAUAAAAUACUUGAGAAAGACAAAGGGGCUUGCAUCACAGGCCGAGCUGAAACCGUUUAAUGUGAACCACGUUGGCAGUCCUGUCGUCAGGCUCAAAAUAAUGUCUGAUAUUUAUGUAACGAGUCAAUAUGAGGACAACAUUCCAGGGUGAAAAGAUGUCGGACCAAUUUCUGCCUGCCUUAAAUAACUAAACUGACAAAAGUGCACUUGUAAUGUAGUCCAUGGAAAUGAUAUGUCCUGUUUGUUUUGCAGACUGAUUUCAACUGCUGUAGUUAUUUUAAAAUGCAGAGUUACAGUUUGCUGCGUCAUUUCAUGCCUGAAGCAUUAAUUUAAUUUAAUAGUAUGUUCAUGAGUCGACUCCGUAAUAAGGCAUUAGUGAAGUGCUACAGUUACACCUGUAGUGUGAACGCUCAAACAAGGGAACUUGACCAAAAUUAUGUGUACUCUGCUUGAAGGGGGUUUUAAAAAGCACUUUGCUUUGGUGUGUGUGUGGUAAAAUAUUUUUAGUAUCAUUUUUGAUACUUUUGUUGCAUUGUGCCACACUAUCUAGCGUAGAUGACUAUAUCGAAAUGUUAUGUUGAGCAUGUCCUUUCACACUCUGUCUGUACUUGUAUGUUAAUUUAUGUCGAAUAAACACAGCCUAUUUUGUUUACUUCAAAA